GAAGCUCAUAUCUCAUAAAACUCACCAAAGCUUCUCUGAUAUGGUAACGAAGGAAGAGAUGUUAUUGGAAGAAAAGCUUGUGAUCAACGAGCUGGAGCAAGGGAAAGAGUUAGCGAAUCAGUUGAUGAACAAUUUGAAAUUCCCUUCUUCUACAGAAUUAGACAUGAGUUUGAUCUCUGGAAUCCUCCGUUCUUACGAAAAUGCAAUUGUUAUGUUGAGUCUUGAUCAGAAAACUCUUAAGAGAUCAAGCCCUGAGAGAAUUGAUCAGAGUAACAAGAAGAGAAGAACAUCGGAAAAGAAGAUGUCCGAGAAAGUUAAGAUUUGUGUUGGAACAGGACAAGAAGGAACUUCUCUUGAUGAUGGUUAUUGCUGGAGAAAAUAUGGCCAGAAAGAUAUUCAUGGAUCCAAGAACCCUAGGUAAAUACUUCAUUACAAUCAUCUUUCUAAGCAAUUUUGUUGUUGUGUGGACAUUGCCAAAUUUUGAAAAUUAAUUUACUCUGUUUUG